UGAUGCGAUGACCAAAGGAUCAAAGAUCACACACACACACUCUGAUCUGUGAUGUCAUCACAUGGAACAGAAAGUGAACCAACCCGACCGCAUCUGAAGGAACAGAACCGGACCAGAGGACGAGCUCGGUUCCUGAGUGAGACAUCGGAGGAAGAUCAUGGCCAAGAAAGCGAAGAAAGGAGCAAAGACGGAGGAAGAGACGCUUCUGUUCCUGCAACAGAAAGCUGAGGCAGAAGAGCGGAUGCUCGUACAGUCCCUGAAGGACAAGUUGCAGACGGAGAACACAAACUCUGCAGUGAACCUGCUGCACCUGAACGAAGGCUGGAGGUCGAUUCUCCGUCAGAACCGAGAGGCUCAGGUCCACAAACACGUCAACGUCCUCAGCGAGACGUCCCAGACGCAGCUGGACGGACUGGACCAUGUGAUCACGUGUCUGGAGCGCGACCUGCGGGAGGCGGAGCGUCAGUCGGCGCAGGUGCGGCGGCUUCACCUGCAGCACAUCGAGCGUCUGUGGGCGCAGCAGGAGAAACGUCUGACGGUGCUGCAGCAGCACUGGGAGAAGAACCUGCAGCACCUGAGCGCUGGGCUCCACACGGAGAGGAAGCAGAUGCUGGAUCUCUCUCGGCAGCAGCGAGCGGAUCUGGAAGACGCCAAGUUCACCGUGGAGCAGCAGCACAAGGAAGUGAUGGAUGAGAUCCAGAGACUGUACAGCCAGAGCACGGCGUCGCUGCAGAGCGACCACGAGCACCGGAUGAACGCUCUGGUCCGCGAGGGGGAGAUGGCGAUGACGGACAGGACUCGCCAUCACCAGGAGGGUCUGCAUCUCCACCGCAGAGAAGGCAAAGAGCUGGACGAGCUGGUGGUGAAGAACCAGGAGUACGUGAGGAUGAGGGACAAGAGCAUGGAGAACAUCAAGGAGCUGCAGGACAAAGUCUUUCAGUUCCGGGUGAAGCAGAACUCGGGUAAAGCCGGACAGGAGACGAUGGAACAAGAUCUGACCGCCGCCACGGGCGACGUGAACCAAAAGAGCCGCAAGCUCCGUGACCAGCAGACCCGGGACCGCGCCGGGUCGAGGAGACGCAUCGUCAACCUCACCGCGCAGUUCCACGACGCCACCAGGAGGCUGCAGGCGGUCGUUGCCAAGGGCGAGAGGAUUCUACGUGUGGCGGAGAUGUGCCGCAAGCAGGAGAACGUCUUCACGACGUCGGCCGAAGACGAUCAGAGAUCUGUGACGGAGGAGGAAGCAGCGGAGGAGGCGUGUGAGUUUGCAGACAUCCGUCAGGCGACGCGGCGCUUCAACGGCGCUCUGCUGCAGCGAGCGGCUCUGACGAGGCGGCGAGAGGAGCUGAGCAGAGAAAACCGGCAGCUGAGGCUCCUGCUGCGGCAGCGCCUGGAGGCCAUGGCGGCCAGCGACCACGCCCUCGCCCUCGACAGACCUCUGCCAACCGUGCACCGGGCCCCGACCGCGGCAGCGCCGCCACUGGAGAGCGACAGACGCCACGGCCCCGUCGAGGCCGCGCUCGUCGUCACACACGCUCUGUAACCUGUCGGAGAUCUGACGUGGUUCAAAAGAAACUCCGUUAAUAAAAUAAAAUUUGACAAAA